CUCCCCAACACAACUGACGAGUAUACCCGAACCACAACUCCGGUGUCAGGGCAUAAUCAACCUGGGUGAUUUAUUGGAAUUUAAAUCAUUCUCGGAGUCUCAUCUCCACCUCAGGCUAUCCAUCCACUUCACCCAGCCACCACCACCACCACCAUCAUCAUCAUGGCUCCUCCACCCGAGCGCGUUGCGAGCAUCAUGCUCUCCUGGCACACGCUGGACCUCGUCUCCUGCACCACCCUACAGACCCUCUGGGCGGGCUACGGCCAGAUCUGCGCCAUCACGGCGCGCGCCACCACCGACGCGGCGGCCGCGCAUCUCAGCGCGGUCUGCGGGGUCGAGUCCGCAGCCACAGCCACAGCCACAGCCGGGAGUACCUACCCGCUCAUCCUGAAACUCAUCUCCCCGCCGCGACACAAAAGCAGCAGCAGGGAAGACGAAGGCCACCUCCGGAAGAUGUUAAGUUACGAGGUAGAGCAGUAUUUCUACUCCGACGUGGUUCCGCGCCUGGGCGAGGAGAUCGCUGUGGCGCAGUGUCUGGCUUCGACGCGCGGGAUGGAAGGCAAGGAUGGAGAAGAGGAACUGCGUGGGUUGAUGGCGACGGUGAUGGUGGAUCUGAGGCCGAGGUUUCCCGUCGCCGGGGGGAAGAGGAGUGCGCUUGAUCGGGUGCAGGUGUGUGGGGCGUUGGAGUGGUUGGGGCGGUUUCAUGGGCGGUCGUGGGGACUGUUAGGCGGGGAGGGUGGGUUGGGGGGGUAUGUUCUGCCGCCGUUGGAGGAGGUGAAGAGGAGGAAGGACAGGACGGGGAUGGAGUGUGGGAAUACUCUGUGGUUGAAUGGUGGGUAUACGUACCUUGCGACGCGGAGGAAGGAGUAUGCUUCGUUGGUUGAAGAUGUUGACUCGGAGUGGUCGGAGGCUAUGUGUGUGGUUGUGGAGAGAUCGGGGAUGUCUGUUGCUGAGAUGGCUGCGUUGGUGCUCACCCCGUGCGGAAGGCCGGUGGAGUCGUAUAUCCAUGGCGAUGUCAAGUCGGAGAAUCUGUUCACGACGGAGAAGGGAGAUGAGGUGGCGUUCUUUGAUUUUCAGUAUGUCGGGCUGGGAUUGGGGGUUUGUGACCUGGCGAAGCUGUUUACAUGCUCUGUGCCGAUUCGGAUGCUUGUUGACGAUGCUCAUGAGCCAUUGCCUGAGGCGCUGGCGAUGUGUGAUGGUGAGAGGAGGCUACUGGAGCGGUACCGACAGAGUCUGCUUUUGGGUCAGGAGACGGAUCGGUAUGAAUGGGAUGCGUUUAAGCGACACUGGGAGACGGCUCUGGUUGAUUGGUGUCGGUUCCAAGCAUCCUGGGGAUUCUGGGGAAAUACGGAGUGGUUGGAAGCCCGGGUGAGGUCGAUAUUGAGCGACCGGGAGUGGAGAGAUUGGCUGCAUCGGAAUGUUGACAGUCGUAAAUAA